UGUGCUAUAGCUCGGAAAAUAAAUAUAUAUGACUCUGGAUUAUAACAUAAUGAUGUUUUUUUUCAACAGUAUGGCUGUUCUUAUAAAGAAGUCAAAUUUGUUUCGUGUUUUGUUUCCUUGCCACAAUACUAAUGAGUAUCGCGAUACUGGUUUCGCCCCGGUCCUAGUAUAAUGUAGCAAAACAUCUUUGAAACGCCACAUUAAAACUCUUUAUUCUUAUUGGACGAGUUCCUGUUGGUGCCUCCUGAAUAAGACACAAGCAGCCCAAAGAACUGGAAUGAUAAGCAUGGCAACAAUGACACAACAGCUCUGGUCUGUCCCUCUAAAAUAAAGCCCCCGAGCCUGGAAUAGUUCCCAGACCCCGCCAGGGCGGCUGCAACAGUGGCUCAUGUGCGUCACUACUCCAGCUCCAUGUUUUCAGCAUGACUGCCCUUCCCCAUCACCCUCUUCCCAAAAUCCUAUUAAUUCCUUCAUGCCCGGCUGUAGGAGAUUCAGUCAUUUGGGACUAAUUUGUGUUCUGCUGCGUGCUGUAUCUGUCCCUUGUAGUAGCUGGUCAUACAUCCUUAAUGUAACCACAUCUCAAGGCCUUCCAAUUGAAGGGCUUGAUAUCUGGCAAAAGGGUGACUCUUACAUAUUGCUCUUAUUAUUUUGUAUAUUAUAUUAAUCUUUAGUUUUCAUGUUUCAGAAGGGGAACGAAUAGUGAGUCAGGAGGAGGUUAUGAGAUGGUUGGUGUGGAUUGAAUAUUGUUUUGGUUUAGUAUCGUGGUAUGAAGUGACAUCUACUGGAUAAAGCCUCUUGGUUCACGUUUCACAUUAACAAAUUUGUCAAUUCCAAGGAGGUUUUGAGAUGUUUUGAAAGGCAGAAUCUCAGGGGAAUACCAUCAAUUCAACUGAGUGUUUACAUUUGCCACUCUGCUAUAGAUCUGUAACAUAUACUUGUGUAUGGAAAGAGUCAUUAGGUUUUUAGACGACAUGUAUGGUUUUAAAACUUUUGCCGUCGGCUACUCAACAGAAAUGGUUUUGGAAACAUUUACAGUUUCUUACGUUUGGGGAACUAACAAAUAGUAGAUUAACUUUAUAUUUACUCUCUAAAAUGAACCACAUUUCUGAGAAUGAUAAUAUGCUUUUCUUACAACAUAAUUUAAAUAGUUUACACAUUUCCUAUUUAGGUGCAAUGUUAGAAUUAUGAAUUGAUCGCCAUGUGAGGGUGUUAGAAAGUCAGUGAUGCAGUACCAAAUAGAGCUGUGUUCACCAUCAGUGGAAGAAGAUAAGUGCAAAUGAUAAGAUUUUAAUAAUUUGUCUUUGUCAUAAAACAUUUCAAACUUGACACUCCAGCCAGGCCCCAGAGGGGGACAGUGCUGCGGGGAACACUCUGCUCUGGAUAUGGUUGCUCAUGGGGGAGGGGAAUGCAGCAUGGCACUGAGGCACAUUCUUAGUGCCUAAGCCACCCAGCCCACCGUCUUUUUCAUGACCCAGCACGUUUAUCAGGCACGUUGCGCAAUGAUCCGAGGGUCCGAUGUACAGUAUGUAUGCCCUUGUCUGUCAUAGAUUGUCCAGAUCAUUAAGAUGCCUUUAACAGUCCUCCUAACUGGAAUAUUAUUACCCUCAGUGCUGUCAGGACUCCAGUGUUGGGACCAAUUCCAUUUUAAUUCAGUCAAUCCAGAGAUGAUUGAAUUUAAUUCAACCCUGUCCAGAUUUGAUUGUUGAGUUGAACCCUGUAGGGCUUUAUGGUAUUAGCUUUGAAACUUUUUUGGGGUGAGAUACUCCCGCCCGCACUUGUUUUUUUUAUUGUAACGUUCUCCCCCGGUCUUCCCAAGAUGGCUGCUAUCACCAGUGCGAUUGCAGACAGGGCAAUUCUACACUGAACAAAAACAUAAACAUCCCAAACAUGCUCAAUAGGUGAAAUGUGUGGUGACUAUGCAGGCCAUGGAAGAACUGGAACAUUUUCAGCUUCCAGAAAUUGUGUUGAAACAUCAGGUGAUGGAGGCAGAUGAAUGGCACGACGAUGGGCCUCAGGAUCUCGUCACGGUAUCUCUGUGCAUUGAAAUGGCCAUCGAUAAACUGCAGAUGUUCGUUAUCCGUAGCUCGCCCAAACGAUGCCAUACACACUGUCUGCCAUCUGCCCGGUACAGUUGAAACCGGUAGUAAUCUAUGAAGAGCACAUUUCUCCAGCGUGCCAGUGGCCAUCGAAAGUGAGCAUUUGCCCACUGAAGUCCACUGUGACGGCUGAACUGCAGUCAUGUCAAGACUCUGGUGAGGAUGACGAGCACACAGAUGAGCUUCCCUGAGAUGCUUUCUGACAAUUUGUGCCUAAAUUCUUUGAUUGUGCAAACCCACAGUUUAGACGUACUGCCAAAUUCCCUAAGACGGCUGAUGGAGGCUGCUGAUGGUAGAGAAGUUAACAUUAAAUUCUCUGGCAACAGCUCUGGUGGACAGGGAUGUAAACUAAUUUGUGCACAACAUUUUGAGAGAAAUAAGCUUUUUGUGCAUAUGGAACAUUUCUGGGAUCUUUUAUUCAACUCAUGAAACAUGGGACCAACACUUUACAUGUUGUAUUUAUAUUUUUGUUCAGUAUAUUUUAAUUGCAGUAUGCCUGUCAUUGGUGUGUGUGACAGAUUCAUGUUAUCCUCGUUCCCAGAGAGGGUCAGAGGUAAUUUACCUGGGUUGCGUUCAUUAGACACUGUACGGAAAACGAUAGAAAACAUUUUGCAUUGGAAGUUCCCAGAGAGGGUUUUAGAGGUCAUUUACCUGUGUUUUUUUCCAUUAGGCACUGAAAAUGAGCGUGGACAUGACCAGCUAGUGUCACCCUGUCAGUUUUCUUCUGUUUGAUGCGUUAUGGGCAUAACCCUGCUGCUGUGACUGAAGGGGAGAAAGUAACGACUAUACACUAUACUCCAACUUAUGUAUUUUUCAUUUUUUUUUAACUGUUUUCAUGUUGGGUUAUGUGAGUGCUCUCAGGAAGUAUUUUUCUUUCUUUCUUUGACAGCAUGCAUCCUCUCAUUGUAAAAACCCUUGUGUUUUUGAGGCGUGUGUGGGGCCUAUGAAUGGUACAGCCAAUACGGGGUACAGGAAAUGUUGUAACACCCCCACCAAUCCCCUUCUCCCCCCUUAUGGCCUCGUGGUCCUCCUCACCUACCUCUCUGUGGGUAACGUCCUUGAUGUUCAAAAGGCUCCCCUUUACCCUUCCCCUCCCACAUGUCUGCCAACACGUCGACCCGGGCUCUGUGCCAUCUUCCUCAGUGGACAAAUAUUUACCCCUGAUUUCAUCAGGGACGCUCUGUGAGCUCAUGGGCCAUUUCAGUCCACGGCUUCCUUAGACCUUAUCGAUCUGGGCUUUGGCUCUGGGCAGAGGACUUUUGGAGAUUGGCUAGUCUCGGAUCAAGACAUGUUGCUAUGUGAGCUGUCACCUAGCAAACAUGCUAAAACAGGAGUGGGCGAUCUUACCCUGUGAGGGCUGAUUAUAUGGGUGCCAGCUCCAGCCAAGUAGUACCACACCCCAUAAUAUUAAUCUCAACCAAUCAUUGUCUUAAAUUUAGGCUUUUCUUAGUAGAAACUUUUCUCAGUUUUAUUGUGACGCGCUACUAUGUGUUACUGUCACACUCUCUUUUUCUCUCUUGCAUUUGUUUCGGAAGGGGGGCGGUCUAAGCAAUGUCAAGUUUAACUCUUAAAAUGCAGAGAGCGUUUAAAGAGUUAAACUUGGAGACACUGAAAGGACAGGAGCCAUGCUGCCUCUGAGACCGCCCCUGUUUUCUGACCUCACAGUUCAACUGCUCCACACACAAACACACACAUGCUCAGGAAGGGAUCCCUCACACAGACACACAAGACACAUUAUAUAGCAAGACUUGCACACAAACGCACCUAUUGGGUUUUCGAGAGUGUCCAUAUGCGUAUUGCGAUGGCUACAGUUGUCAGAGGGAGUUGGGACUUGGUGGUGGAAGACAGGGUUUAGAAAAUGCGGAGGAGAGGAAGACAUUGAGUUUCAUUUUCACCUGCAUCCUGAUAGAAAAGGAAUUCCAUCUUGGAGGUUUCAGUUCUAAUCACACAGAGAGCUUAACUGAUGCUUCUACAUUUAGUCAUUUAGCAGACUUUAUUAUCCAGAGUGAGUACAUACAUUUUUCAAGCUGGUCCCACGUGGGAAUCGAACCCACAACUCUGGCGUUGCAAGCCAACUGUUGAAUAUGCACUGGGCGACAAACUUAUCCAAGAAAAGGAAAAAAAAAAAUCCCCUCCCACAACCACGUAUGACGAUGUCCCCCGGUAGAAAUGUUUUGACUUUUUGAAAAAACACAGCAGCUUUAAAAGAGGAGGAUUUUUCAAUGUUUUUGACAGGAGGAAUGUUGGCGGGAAAUACCAAGGAGGAUUUUCCUCAAAGCCUUUCUCACAGAUUCUCUUGCCGUUUUGGCUUUUCUUGUUGCGGCGUCUUCGGUCCUCUCUGUUUGACAUAUCAUUCAUUUGAGCGGCAAUGGGAGCCAGGUGCGGCGUGAAGAAAGCAACAGGGUUGCGAGAAAGGAGAGUGGCAAGAGAACCACAGCUGUCAAAAGAGGAAGGAAACAAAGAAAAGCAGAAGUAGAAAGAGCAGAGAAAAAAAGGGGGAAGAAAUAUGAGUUUGCCAACAAACUGUGUACUCCUGGCCCCCUCCUCGGACCGGUCGUUCAAAGUGCGGAAUGGGAAUAUCUGUGGAUCCCCUUGCGCAGUCAACCGGCCCAUUGACAUUGUGCAGAAGCGCAGGCGCUUUGAUGUGGAGAAUGGGCUGUCGGUGGGGCGCAGUCCCUUGGACCCCCAGGUUAGCCCCAUCUCUGGCCUGGUCCUACAGGCCAACUACCCUCACAGCCAGCGCCGCGAGUCCUUCCUAUAUCGCUCCGACUCAGAUUUCGACCUCUCGCCCAAAGCCAUGUCCCGCAACUCUUCCACGGCCAGUGAGCUGGAAGAGGGCUUGAAGCACUGGGAAGUCGGUUGGCUGCCGCGACAUGGAGAAGACAUGAUUGUGACACCAUUUGCACAGGUGCUUGCCAGUCUCCGAACAGUCAGAAGCAAUUUUGCCUACAUAACUCAUCUGCAAGAUCGGCCCAACAGGCGGCCAUCAGGCAGCAACCCUCCCUCCAUACCUACCCACACCAAGUCAAGCAUAACAGACGAGCCCUACCAGAAGCUGGCCAUGGAGACGCUGGAGGAGCUGGACUGGUGUCUGGACCAGCUGGAGACCCUGCAGACCCGUCACUCAGUCAGUGAGAUGGCUUCCAACAAGUUCAAAAGGAUGUUGAACAGAGAGCUCACCCAGUUGUCAGAAACCAGCCGGUCAGGAAACCAAGUCUCAGAGUUUAUCGCCAACACUUUCCUAGAAAAGCAGCAUGAUGUGGAGAUUAUGUCUGGGCCUCCUAAGGAGAAAGACAAGAAGAAGAAGAGGCCCAUGUCCCAGAUCGUUGCAGUGAAGAAGCCUGCCCUCUGCCCCAGCCUCACCCCCACCCAGAUCCCCCGUUUCGGGGUCACCACCCUCCAGGAGGACUUAUUGGCCACGGAAUUUGAGGAGAUCAACAGAUGGGGUCUAGAUAUUUUCAAGAUCGCUGAAUACUCGGGGAAUCGACCUUUGACAGUGGUCAUGUACUCCAUUUUCCAGGAGCGAGAGCUGCUGAAAAACUUUAAGAUCCCAGCCGACACCUUCAUCACCUUCAUGAUGACCCUGGAGGACCACUACCAUGCCGACGUGGCCUACCACAACAACAUCCACGCUGCCGACGUGGUACAGUCCACCCACGUUCUCCUCUCCACCCCUGCCCUGGAGGCUGUCUUCACUGACCUGGAGAUCAUGGCUGCUCUGUUUAGCAGUGCUAUACACGAUGUAGAUCACCCCGGAGUGUCCAACCAGUUCCUCAUCAACACAAAUUCUGAGCUGGCUCUGAUGUACAACGACGCUUCUGUCCUGGAGAACCACCACCUGGCUGUGGGCUUCAAGCUGCUACAGGAGGACAACUGUGACAUCUUCCAGAGCCUCAGCAAGAAACAGGGGCAGUCCCUCAGGAAGAUGGUCAUCGACAUGGUGUUGGCCACUGACAUGUCCAAGCAUAUGAACUUCCUGGCUGACCUGAAGACCAUGGUGGAGACCAAGAAGGUGACCAGUCUUGGAGUGCUGCUGCUGGACAACUACUCAGACCGCAUCCAGGUCCUUCAGAACAUGGUUCACUGUGCUGACCUCAGUAACCCCACCAAGCCCCUGGAGGUCUACCGUAAGUGGACCGACCGCAUCAUGGUGGAGUUCUUCACCCAGGGGGACAGGGAGAGGGACAAGGGAAUUGAGAUCAGCCCUAUGUGUGACAAACAUAAUGCCUCCAUCGAGAAGACCCAGGUGGGAUUCAUAGACUACAUCGUCCACCCUCUGUGGGAGACGUGGGCUGACCUGGUCCACCCUGACGCCCAGGACAUCCUGGAUACCCUGGAGGACAACCGGGAGUGGUACCAAAGUAUGAUCCAGCGCAGCCCCUCACCCACCCUUGAGGACAGGGAUCUUGACGGGGGGCCAGGAGCCCUGGAAGUCACACCGGGGGGAUGCUGCACCUCCGCAGGGGACAAGUUCCAGUUUGAACUCACCCUGGAGGAGGAGGAGGAGGGUGACUCAGACCUGGAGAGCCCCCCCGAGGAGGAGACGUCACAGGGGGGAGAGACCUCUAGGAAGACCCCGGCCCUGUCUCUAUCCCCAGAGCCCAGCAGCAGAUACCGGCCCCCCUCCCCCCACCCUGGCCGGGCCCUCAGUCUGGCCACCAUGUCGGUUAGGAGCCCCGACCUUCUCAGAACAUUGGGCCCCGGGGUGGGCGUGGACGACAUAGGCGAUAGGGACAGAGAACUGGGCCAGGAAGGCAGUAGUGUAGCUUACCUACGGCUUGGCACGUAACACAAACCUUGGCCCUCCCUUCAACUUAUUCCAUCCCUGCCUUGGUUUGUGGGUCCCAGCAGCAAUUGGACAUGCAGGGUGGGAUUUCUAUCAAGUCUGUAAUGACAACAGUUCCUUUACACUGGAGACACCUUAACACUUUUAAUAUUGUAGAACAAGAAGUAUCGUUUUAUUCUCUAUUUUCUUCUGUGUGCGAGAUAGGACUUUUUAGUCCUGCAUUCUGUAGUUGAUUCUGGGCGGAAAGUGUCUUAGACUCGAAGGUAGAGAACUGACCACAAGCUAACCAGUCUCACCAAUGUCUCCUGAUCGAAGCAAGGAAUUAUACUGAGAAAACAAUGUCUUCCUCAAAAUGAUGGAAUAUAGAUAUUCAAUGGAAUAUUGGAAGGAUUGUAAUCAUUUUACAGGGUCUUGGAACUUUUGCACCACACAUUUUGAAUUCAGUCAGCAUAAACUAGUAUAUUUUAUUUAGUUUGUCUCUGAGAAUUAUGUGAAUGUUUUACCAAAUCCAGUAUGUACCUGAAUAGUGAGAGAAUUGUAACUUAAACCUCAGGGUAUGACGAGAUAUAAAUAAUUUUAAUGUAGCAUGGACGUCUUGGGUACCCCUUAACGGAGACUGCCUGUUUAGAGUUGUGUUACUGAUGACAAACAGCUCUUAGAACCUUACCGCUUCAAGUUAUGCAAAAAUACAUAUUUAUUUGUCUGGCGACCUCUAUUGAUCUCAAUUGAAAAGUUCAUUAAUGAAUUUGAGAACUAAACCAAUUUAAAUAUAAAAUAUGAAACGAACAGUACCAGUAAAUUGUAUUUCAAAAUCCCGAAGUACUAUGGUUGAUUGGGGUACCCAAUACAAGUUGUUUUAAAUCUAGACUAACACCGCUUACACUCAUGUUUGUAAAGUUGUAUGUUUCUAUGUGAUUAUGUUUUACGUUGUCACAUUUUCUAUUUGAUUUGAAAUGGUUCCGUUUUGUUAUAUAUAUUGGGUAUGUCCUCACCAUGGGUGUAUUCAUUUCACCGAUUCUGUUGCAAACCGGAAAACUGGUUUCUACUGGAAAAAUUCAGGUAGGUCUGUCCCCGUUUCGUUCCAUUUGCCCGGUUUGCUUUGGUAAACGAUUUCCGUUGCAAGACGUAACGAACACACCCCAGGUCUGUUUGCCUCUGAGCUUUGUAAGCAUCAUUAUCAGGGUGUCUCCAUCAUACAGUAGCACUUUACAAUUUCUGUUGUAGAGGAAGCCCAUUCAGUUCUAAAGAACUUGAGCCAAACCAUGAUUUUAGUGGACAGCCAUGGAAGGCUGUAGUUCCUGUCCAGAAACAACCCCUAGGUCUAACGCCUAGAGCUGAGAGGAAUGGAUAGGUGUAAGCAAUAGGGAGAAAAUUCAACCUAGCAGAGAGUGAGGUGGAGACAUUGUCAUGUAGCUUAAAGGGGCAUGCAGUCAAAAACGUGAUAUCCUGUGUUUUAUAUAUACAUUUCAACACUGAGGUUGGAAUAAUACUGUGAAUUUGUGACAAUUAUGAUAAUGCACUUUAACAGCUAGUUCAGGUUACACAUCCCUCCCAUUAGGCUCCUCGGACCACUCUGACAGUCCUAGCUAAAUUCUUGCUGGAGAAAUGGUAUUUUGCUAAGCCACUUGUUUCUUUUUGAGAAUUUUAAUUGAAAAUGAUCUUAAUUGUUACCCAGAAAUAAUUUGAUAUUGAGAUAAAAACAGCUGCAUUGAACCUUUUAAACCUAUAAAAUCCUGUCAGAUCUCCAGAAGUGUGGAAGGGUUAGUGGUUGUUUCUGAACAGGGCCACAGUGUGGACUAAUUAGGGCUUAUUCAGUAGUGUGUGAUGCUUUGAAAGUUGCAGAUAGAAAUGUAAUGAACAACGUUGAUAUUAUUCCCUGUAGUACACAACAGAAAACCAUGUCUGGUUUACACAAUACUGUACAUUCUGUAUUGACAUUGGAUACUUUUUAUUCGCCUGAAUAAGCCCUUAAUGUCUUGGUUGAUUUGUUCUUGAAGGAAACUAGUUUAUAGGGAAAAUCUUUGGAAUUUGCGCAAAAUUUGCCAACCUAAGUCGUUAUGAAAUGUUGAACAAAGUUCUCUCUUAACUGUUGAUUGUAAUCAUGUCAAAGUUUGACUUUAAAAUGUGUUGAGUUUCAGCAAUUAUCAGUUAGAAUUAUGAUAUAAUUUUAAUGGAAAUUGUAAUACCUUGACUUUAUAUGUUGGAUGUAAUGCUUCGAUGUAGAGCUCUAUUCAAUCCGUAUCGCAGAAGUUCAGCGUUACAGCGUGAUUGGCAUUUAAAGGCAAUGUUCCUGUAUAACGGAGACUGCACACUAAACGCUGCAUAUGUCGGCUCGAUCAGAAGUUACCAUCAUAUCGCGUAAUCUGUAACGCUUCAGAGAUACAGAUUGAACAGGGCCCUUAUGCUCUGCUCUUCACAGGGCUAUAGCUUUUACCUACAGUAUGUGAAUGUCAAUUGACCACAAACAUAAAUUUUCAAAGUUAAUUUAUAUUAUUGCGUUCGCUGAUUGCACCCUAAUUUUUAAGUUAAACCAAUACUGUACAACUUAACUAGCCCCUGCCAAAUAUAAGUACACUGAACAUUUUUUCACCCCAUACGCUCAAAAGGCUUCUCAAAUGUCUUAUUUCUCCUUUGCCAAGAUAAAUCCUGACAGGUGAGGCAUAUCAAGAAGCUGAUUAAAUGGCAGGAUCAUUUAUUGUGCUGGGCACAAUAAAGGCCACUCUAAAAUGUGCAGUUUUCUCACAACACAAUGUCACACAAGUUUAGAGUGAGCGUGCAAUUGGCAUGCUGACUGCAGUGACGUCCAACAGAGCUGUUGCCAGAGAAUUGAAUGUUAAUUUCUCUACCAUAAGCCGCCACCAACGUCAUUUUGGAGAAUUUGGCAGUAUGUCCAACGGGCCUCACAACCGUAGAACACGUGUAACUAAGCCAGCCCAGGACCGCCACAUCCAGCUUCUACACCUGUAGGAUCGUCUCAGACCAGCUACGCGGACAGCUGAUGCCACUGGCACGCUGGAGAAGUGUGCUCUUCACAGAUAAAUCCCAGUUUCAACUUUAUCGGGCAGAUGGUUUUGUGUGGGUGAGCGAUUUGCAGAUGUCAACAUUGUGAACAAAGUGGAGUUAUGGUAUUUGCAGGCAUAAGCUACAGACAACAAUUGCAUUUUAUCGAUGGCAAUUUGAAUGCAGAGAUACCGUGAUGAGAUCGUGAGGGCCAUUGUCGUGCCAUUAAUCCGCCGCCAUCACCUCAUGUUUCAGCAUGAUAAUGCAAGGAUCUGUACAUAAUUCCUAGAAGCUAAAAAUGUCCCAGUUCUUCCAUGGCCUGCACAGUCACCAGAAAUAUCAAACAUUGAGCAUAUUUGGGAUGCUUCGCACAGCUGAAACACAGCUGUAACUCAGUAAACUCUGAAAUUGUUGCGUUUUAUAUUUUUGUUCAGUGUAUAUAAAAAAAGAUCACUGAAUUGUCCUUAAAAUGGAGGACAGUGAAAUGUGAAAAUAACAACAAAAUUCAACAACAGCUCCAGCAUGGUAAACUUGCCUGGAAACUAACACUAAAGUAUUUCCCGCUUACUCUUUUCCUGGUAAGGCAGGGGGAAAAGUACACAAGUAUUCAUAAAUAACUAACAUAUUCUAUUCACUCAUGUUUGGUAAUAAUAAGCAAACAGCUCAAAUAAGAACCUUAAAUUGUGACUGGAGAGGAGCUGAGCUGUAUCGUGGGUAAAACGUACAUAAAUCAGUGUCAUUCAGUGUUAAAUGUGUUGUCUGAGAAGUUAGAAUGGUGACUCUUGGUCCCUUUAUUGCUUUGCUGAAACUGACAUGGUAUACCAUUACGGUUAUUGUUCUGUGUGUCUUUUUUAUCCGCAAUGUUGGACAGUAGUAUAUUUUGUCUGUCAAAAUGUACGGUAAGAGAUCUUAAUUUUUCUGGAGCCAAAAAUAUUUUACAAAUUUGCUUAACUUAAAAGUAAUUUUUUAAAACAUUUCUGGAGUUCAGUGAAAAUGCCAAUAAAUUAUGGAAACCUGUA